GAAUUGGAAAGAACGAAAAGCUUGUUCACAAAAAGGGGGGGAAAGCCGUGUGAAAAUAAGGAUGGUUAACUCUUUUGUCUCUCUGUCGAUUCUUCCCUUCAUUGUCUUUGUUGGAAGAGCAACUAUUUGUCUUUCUUAUAUCCUGUCAUUUGACCAGCAAGCUGGUGCAGCUGAAAGCUAUUACUAUGAAUACAUCGAUGAAGAUGCACAGCCAAUGCAGGAUAAUACCAGAUAUGGCCUCCCUGCUAUACAUCCUGACUGGUUUCAUGAAUACGUCAGUUAUGAAGAAAACCCAUGCCUGGAGAUGCCAUGCCAGAAUAAUGGUGUAUGUGAAAGGAAAAGAAACAGGUAUACAUGUCGCUGCCCCGAGCCAUAUGAAGGGUCUAAGUGUGAGAAUGUGAAAAACACAUGUGAAAGGAUCAACUGCAAUAGAGGAGAUUGCCUUAUAAGCUUAAGAGCUCCUCAUUAUAGAUGCCAUUGCAAACACCCCUACAAAGCACCGUUCUGUGACAAAGCACAGUCAUCUUGCCGACCAAAUCCUUGCAAAAAUGGGGGCAUCUGUCAACGGCAUCGGAUAAGGUCCAAAUUCAGCUGCAAGUGUCCUGAGCCAUUCAAAGGAAGGCUUUGCGAAAUAGGACCUGAUGACUGUUUUGAAGAAAAUGGUAUUUCAUACAGAGGAAAUGUCAGUCAAACAAUUCUCCAUAAGACCUGUCUUCACUGGAAUUCUCACCGUCUCCUGGAGUGGAAUUAUAAUGCAUUUAUUGAAGAUGCUGCCUCUUAUGGCCUUGGUGACCAUAACUUCUGCAGGAACCCAGAUGGUGACGAAAAGCCCUGGUGCUUUGUCAGUGUGAAUAACAAAUUGAAGUGGGACUUCUGUGAUGUAUCUGCGUGCUCAAAAACAGCACAGUCCUCUGGGAAUACAGUCACCAAGAAUUCUGCAGCGGCUAGCAGACCUAAUACAUGUGGAAGACCAGAGACAGAAAGACCAUUAAAGAGAAUCUAUGGAGGUGCCAAGUCAACUCCUGGCAAACAUCCGUGGCAAGCCUCUGUUCAGAGGAAGGUUUCAAGGGGCAUAUUUUUCCCCAAAGGACACUUCUGUGGAGGAGUACUGAUUGAACCAUGUUGGGUUCUUACUGCGGCACACUGUGUUUUGACAGAUGCCCACACCCUUGAAGUGGUCCUUGGGAAAAAAGAUCUCCUUAGGAAAGAGCAUUAUGAACAGAAGUUUGAUGUGGAAAAGAUAAUUAUACAUGGACACUAUGAAGAAAUUGAGGAUGUCCCAUACAAUGAUAUUGCUUUGUUGAAGUUGAAACCAAUUGAUGGCCACUGUGCAGUGGAAACAAGAUACGUCAAACGAGUGUGCUUGCCUGAUUCUGCUUUUCCUGAUGACACAGAAUGCUAUAUAUCAGGUUGGGGAGAAACUGAAACAGGUGAAUCAUCUCAUCAGCUGUUAGAUGCCAGAGUAAAGCUGAUUUCCCAGGUGCGGUGUAACGCACGAAGUGCACAUAAUAACAGACUGGAUGAAAGCAUGCUUUGUGCAGGAAAUCUUCAGAGAACAAGCGCUGAUACUUGUCAGGGAGAUUCAGGAGGCCCUCUAACCUGCAUGAAAAAUGGCUCUUAUUAUGUCUAUGGAAUUGUGAGCUGGGGAGAACACUGUGGGUUAAGACAAAAACCUGGAGUCUAUACCCACGUGAUAAGAUUUCUCAACUGGAUUCGUACAAAAAUUCAACGCGAGUCUAGCUUUGAUAUCUAGGAAAGCCCUUCGAAAAAUAAAGGUAAGCCUAAGACAUACGGAUAUACCUUCCUAUUACUCUCAGAUAAGGAAGUUAGUUUUCCAAUUGUCUUUUUGGCAUUAAGGUUGAACUCUUAUACACACCAUUUAACUCACUUCCUUCUUUGUAGAAAUGUGUGGGAUGAUUAUGCUUCCACCAGCCAUACACCAACCUCCUCCUAGGAAUCUUCAUAAGAGAAGUUCUGGACUUUGUGGUCUAGGAGUAUACAAGCCAUGGGGGUUGUUUGUUACUACCGCUAUUAGUUUUAGGGUUGCCUUUGAAUAUUAAUUGGCCUUGUGUUCAUAAGCUUUAUGCUUAAUUUCCUUUGACAUCUUUGAAUGAAUUGUUGAACUCUUUGCUGUAGUGAUGUUAAAUUUUGAAUUGUGUAUUAUGGUUACUGUACUACUGUAUUGAAUGUUCAUUUUGGUAAGCCUCUUUGAGCCACAAAUCUGUGGGAAAUGUGGUAUUUAAAUAAAUUGACUGUCUGCAAGA